ACAGCCUCCAUACAAAUAAUUGAAUUUAAAUAAUCUUUUAGAAUUUGUGAGCAGCGUUCGGGACUAUGUAUUGUCGAAGGCUUUCAUGGCUGGAAUCAAUAGGUUCUUGUGGGUUUUUUCGGGCUAUAUGGCCAUGUUCUAGAGGCAUUUUCUCCUGACGUUUCGCCUACAUCUAUGGCAAGCAUCCUCAGAGGUAGUGAGGUCACAAGAACCUAGCGUUUGGGACUGUUAGUAAGAAUCCUUUUUACAGGCAUCAAUACAGUUAUUAUUUGGUUAUUUAGAGAAAGAAGGGGCAAUAUACAAAGUUAAAGGAAAUCAUCGACCUGGUAGGCCAUCCAGUCCAACCCCAUUCUGCCAAGAAGCAGGAAAAUCGCAUUGAAAGCACCCCCAACAGAUGGCCAUCCAGCCUCUGUUUAAAAGCUUCCAAAGAAGGAGCAUCCAUCACACACCGGGGCAGAGAGUUCCACUGCUGAAUGGGUCUCACAGUGAGGAAGUUCAGCCUAAUCUUCUUCAGGCUAAACAUGCCCAGCUCUUUAAGCCGCUCCUCAUAGGGCUUGUUCUCCAGAUCCCUGAUCAUUUUAGUCCCCCUCUUCUGGACACAUUCCAGCUUGUCAAUAUCUCUCAAUAAUUGUGAUGCCAAGAAUUGGACACAAUAUUCCAGGUGUGGUCUAACCAAAGCAGAAUAGAGCAUGGGGAGCAUGACUUCUCUAGAUCUAGACACUAGACUCCUAUUGAUGCAGGCUAUUGGCUUUUUUGCCACCAUAUCAUAUUGUGGGCUCAUGUUUAACUUGUCCCAAGAUCUUUUUCACACGUACUGCUCUUGAGCCAUGAAACCGCUGGGAGAGGUAAUCCUGAGUUUUGGAGUGCGGUGCCAUCUCUACACAGAUGACACCCAAUUCCACUACUCUUUUCCAUCUGACUCCAAGGAAGCCCCGAGGAUACUGGACCAGUGCCAGGCUGCUGUAGCGACUUGGAUUAGGGAGAAUAAGCUGAGGGUCAAUCCUGACAAGACAGAAGUCCUCCAGGUAAAUGAGGAUUCUAUGGAGCCACCUCUUGAAUGCAGUAAAGAAACCAAUAACAUAGGAAGAAAUCCUCUCAAGGUGAUGAUCUUGCAGAAUUCUUGAUCCCACAGAUAAGAAAGAAAAAAGGAAUCAAGUAUCUGUAUUGCAAUAAACACCCUUAUUACUGUUGAUAUGGCGGAGAAACCCUAUACAUGCUUGGAGUGUGGAAAGAGUUUUGCUUGGAGUUCACUUCUACGUUCACAUCAGAGGACUCACACUGGGGAAAAACCCUAUAAAUGCCUGGAGUGUAGAAAGAGUUUUGCUUGGAGUAAAAGCCUACGUUCACAUCAGAGGACGCACACUGGGGAGAAACCCUAUACAUGCCUGGAGUGUGGACAGAGCUUCUCUCGGAAUGGAAGUCUACAUUCACAUCAAAGAAUUCACACUGGAGAGAAACCCUUUAAAUGCUUGGAGUGUGCAAUGAGCUUCACUCUCAGUUCAACUCUACGUAAACAUCAAAGGACUCACACUGGGGAGAAACCCUAUAAAUGCCUGGAGUGUGGAAUGAGCUUUACUGAGAAUGGAACUCUACGUAGACAUCAGAGGAUUCACACUGGGGAGAAACCUUAUAAAUGCCUGGAGUGUGGACAGAGCUUCACUCAUAGGGGAAAUCUACAUUUACAUCAAAAGACUCACACUGGAGAGAAACCCUUUAAAUGCUUGGAGUGUGGAGUGAGCUUCACUGAGAAUGGAAGUCUACGUUCACAUCAGAGGAUUCACACUGGGGAGAAACCCUAUACAUGCCUGGAGUGUGGACAGAGCUUCACUCAGAAUUCACAUCUACGUACACAUCAAAGGACUCACACUGGGCAGAAACCCUAUAAAUGCCUGGAGUGUGGAAAGAGCUUUACUGAGAAUGGAACUCUACGUUCACAUCAGAGGAUUCACACUGGGGAGAAACCUUAUAAAUGCCUGGAGUGUGGAAAGAGUUUCACUGAUAGGGGAAAUCUACGUACACAUCUAAGGACUCACACUGGGGAGAAACCCUUUAAGUGCCUGGAGUGUGGAAAGAGCUUCACUCAGAGUGGAAUUCUACGUAGACAUCAAAGGACUCACACUGGGGAGAAACCCUUUAAAUGCCUGGAGUGUGGACAGAGCUUCACUCACAGUGGAAAUCUACGUACACAUCAAAGGACUCACACUGGAGAGAAGCCCUAUAAAUGCCUGGAGUGUGGACAGAGCUUCACUGAGAAUAGAAGUCUACAUUCACAUCAAAGGAUUCACACUGGGUAGAAACCCUUUAAAUGCCUGGGGUGUGGAGAGAGCUUCACUGAGAAUUAACAUCUACGUUCACAUCAGAAGACUCACACUGGGGAAAAACCAUAUAAAUGCCUGGAGUGUGGGCAGAGCUUCACUCACAGUUCAACUCUACAUUCACAUCAAAGGACUCACACUGGGGAGAAACCCUUUAAAUGCCUUGAGUGUGGAAAGAGCUUCUCUCUGAGCGGACAUCUACGUUCACAUCAAAGGACUCACACUGGGGAGAAACUCUUUAAAUGCCUGGAGUGUGGACAGAGCUUCUCUCAGAGGUCAACUCUACAUAAACAUCAAAUGAUUCACACUGGGGAGAAACUCUUUAAAUGCCUGGAGUGUGGAAAGAGUUUUGCUUGGAGUAAAAACCUACGUAGACAUCAAAGGACUCACAUUGGGGGGAAAUAAUAUAUAUACUAUAAUAAUGCAUUAAAACUUCUUUUAUAGACCACCGUCUCUCCCCAUGGGGACUCAGGGCGGUUUACACAAAAACAAAAAAUCUAGCAUUCAAUGCCCUAUGUGAAUACUAGCAUCUUAAAAAUAAAACAAAAUAAUAACAUAAACUUAUAACAAAAGAUAAAUUAAGAUCAACAUAAAAAAACAAAAUAUGAAUAAUCCAAUAAACAUAAUUAUACUGAUAACAUAAUUGACAAUUAAGGCACAGACCCUGAGGAAACGAUCAAAAUACCUAAAAUGCUACCAUGGUUGUUCUUUCUUAUGUACCAUAGCAGCAGUGGAGUACAAAUAAAUUAGCCUAUACAUGCCUGGAGUGUGGACACAGCGUUGCCCUGAGUGGAGAUCUACACACACAUCUGAGGGCUCACACUGGGGAGAAACCCUAUGCAUGCCUGGAGUGUGGACAGAGCUUCAGUGAGACUGGAAAUCUACAUAUAGACAUCAAAGGACUCACAUUGGGGAGAAACCUGAUAAAUGCCUAGAGAGUGGACAGAGCUUCACUCAGAAUGGAAGUAUACAUACACUUCAAAGGAUUCACGUUGGGGAGAAACCCUAGACAUGCCUAGAGUGUGGACAAAGCUUCAGCUGCAGAUCAGGUCUAGGUUCACAUCAGUGAACUCACCCUGGGGAGAAACCCUACGGCGUGUGAAAAGAGCUUCUUGGAGAGUUGAACUCUACGUAGACAUAGCAUUCACAUUGGAGGGAACAGUGGUAUCUGGCCCCAGAGACACUCUCUAAGAGAGCAAACUUUUCAUGUUGCUGAUACCCUUUURCGACAUACAUCGUUUUGUGACAUGAUAAUGUCAGGAUUAUUGAAAGUAUGCAUGUAUGUUUUUCAAUGUGUUUCAAUAUGUUUAACAAUGAUGUUCAUAUGUAUUCCAAAUGGAUUCAGUUAUGUUCAGUUGUAUGCUAGAAUUGUUGUUGCUAGGGGCAGAAAGAGUAAAGACCUUGACAGAAGUUAGAUAAGAUUUUUUCCUGCCUGGGAAGAAAAAGGGAGGAUCCAGCCAGCCUGAGAAAUGAGAUAAGCAGAUGGCCUGAGAACUGUUGUGUGCUGUGCUUUGUAGUGUUCAUGAUGUAGUCCGCUUGAAGUAGACCUGUCUUAAGAUGUGCU